CAAAUAUGAACGGAAAAAAAAAACUUUUCAUCUGGCCUGCAAAAUCCCACUUGUCAGAAUGGAGAUGAUUUCAGAAAUGGCUUCUCCAGUCUCCUCCACCUGAACUUCACUCAAAAUUAGGACUGUUUGGGGACUAGGACACAGCUUUUCACUCGCAUAUGUGCCUGCUCACUCGUUCUGCCAAAAGUCUCUAUUCUCUCAGUGCAGGAAUGCAUCCUAGCACAGUUUAAAAGGCCACCGUCAGACUUCUCGGAAAGAACGAACCUUAGAGGUAGCCAUAGGGCCUGUCAUCCAGAAGGACCCUUGAGCGCUUCACAAACCGUAUGCUGACCAAAGCCUAAAGAUGUAAGCAGUUUGGGCAUCUGUGGUUUCCUCAGCUGUAUUAAGGUCAUGCAGAUGGGAAUCUAUUAGGUUCCCCCCACCUCCCCCCACCACCUUCAGGGUGGUCUCUGACACCUGAUAUUGACUUAUUGGGCUAAUUCCCCCAUGCAUUCAUUCAGACCUAAGGCGCUGCGCAUGUGUCGUAUGGGGAUGCUGCAGGCUUAGGUGGAGAAAGGUCAGCACAUCUCCAAAACCAAAAAUCUAGAAUGGCAGAAGGCGGGGGCGCAGGGGCCUCACCCGACCACCUCUGGGUGCACCGGGCUGGCGUCUACCGGGACGAACAUCAGCGGACGUGGGUCGCGGUCCUGGAUGAGGAGGCCGGUGUCCUAAGGGUCCGAAUCCAGCAGGUUCAGGUCCCACUAGGCGAUCCGGUGCGGCCCAGUCUCCUCCCGCCGUCCCAGUUACCGCUGAUGUGGCAGCUGUACCCCGACGAGCACUACAAGGAUAGUAACUCCCGGUUAUGGGAGAUAGAGCACCAUAUAAUGGUGAGGGGAGUGCAAGAGCUGCUGCUUAAGCUUUUGCCUGACGAUUAAUCUGGUGCUGGGAAGCUUAGAAGACAUGCCCAGUUGUUUUGUACAGUAUUUGGGAAUCACUUCACCCAGCACUAAAAUGCUAUCCCCUCUUUGGG